UUGCACUGCUAAAAUGAAUUUUAAGGUUUUGGCUACACAAGGUUUAUGCACGGUAGGUAGAAGUUGUCGACAUUUUUACUUUCUUUUUCAAAAAAGUAUGCGUACGCCAUUAUAUCCAGAAGUGGAAACCUUGAUUAAACUAAAGAAACAAAGCAAGUAAAAUGAACAACAUGGAGUAGCAGAAAACCAAAUAAGACAACCGACAAUAAAGCGAGUCAAUUCCCUUAAGGUCAUUCAUACGGACGCCUGAUGAUAAUGCUUUUAAUGUGAUUCUAGAAAAAAUACAAGGCCUGUCUUUGUUCCUGAGGGAAGUUAUCUUCAAAGCUCAAUUAUUUGUGAAUCAUUACAUUUUAAAACACCCACAAGGCUUGAGCAAUGAAUUUUUUCAGCAAAACUUUUGGUAUUCUGUGUGUCAUUGGCAAAUUUGCUCGAAAAUACUCUUAUCAUAUCCCUCAUCUGCACGAAACAUAGGAUGAGUUGAAUGAUUCUGGUAAAAAUUCAAGACAUAAAAAACUAUGGCCAAGUUUUAUCGACUGCCUGUGAAACAAUCGCAACAUGUUACAACAAUUAUUAUAUUGAAAACUUUGAAAAUAUAAUAUCCAACUAUUUCAUAUAUAAGCUGCGCACUUCUUUUGACAACUUAAAGAUGCCAGAAGUGAAGCACAUUGUGUACAAUCACGUAAUGGAAACAUUAUUUUCCUCUGGUACGACAACUAUUACCGCUGAAAACAUAACAAGCUCGUUAAAUGAGCAAAUGAAAGCAAAGGUUUGUCUGUUCCUAAUCCCUUUAAUGUUACAAAUAAGAAACAGAUUAUCUGCUACCCCCUUAAUCAGGGAUGUAUUGAACAAAGCUCCCUUUGAUA